AUGGAACCAGAUCAUGGGAAGCUCUUCAUUGGUGGGAUUUCCUGGGACACAGAUGAGGAACGGCUCAAGGAAUAUUUCAGGAAGUAUGGAGAGGUGGUGGAGGCUAUGAUCAUGAGGGAUCGUGCAACCGGUCGUGCUCGUGGAUUCGGGUUUGUUGUCUUUGCGGAUCCUGUGGUUGCAGAAAGAGUUGUCAUGGAUAAGCACAUGAUCGAUUGUCGCACAGUCAUUGUCAAAAGUUGCACAAAAAACCUAAUUAUGCCGCCUCGUAGGGAAUCACGCCGUGCAUCUGAGUCUAAUUUCCCUGAUAUAACUCAAUUAGGGGAAGCGAUGGCUCAUGCUUUUCAGAAUGCAAUCCGUCCUCCUCCUCCUCAGAGAACACCCCUGGAGACCAUGAAAUUUACAGACUUAUCUCGUUAUGAUCCUGAUAUAGCUGGUAAUCAGGCAGAGAUGCUUCACCGUUUUAAGUUGGGAACUAAGAAGAAAUGGCGGACUUUUGCUAGUGCGCUUCCCUGCUCCGAUUAUCAUGAGUUUUCUGAGAUGUUGGUUCGGAUGGAGGAUUCCGACAACCUUCCUAGUAACAGUAAGGAUGAGGAAGAUAAGAAUGAUAAUCAGAAGAGGGAUGAUAGGGGUAAAGGAAUCUCCACUCAGAGACCCCGUAAGACACAGAGUUUCAAGAAAAGUGGAGCGAGCUCGAGUUCUUCCAGUGGAUGA